UCAGUUAGUGCGUGGCUUUUAGACAGAGCGGACGAUCAUGGCUAUUCCGACAACAUUUUUGCUGCUUCUGCUAGCCUGUGCCGGCGUCACCGCCGUGCCAAUGCUCUACAAACUUAAUCCCGAAGAAGUAUACGAGCCAGACCUGGUGGCCGUCUCGUCCACCGUGAUUCCGCUGACCGUGCUGGAGGUGAGCUAUGGAGCAGGUGGGAAGCCAAGCGAGGAGUACAAGGCGGCCUACCUCCGCAAACUGCGCAAACAGGUGCUCCAGCGCGCGGACAAGGGCAAACCAAACGACGAGGAAGAGGAGGCGCCCACUAUCCUGGGCCUGUCCGACUCCACGGCCCUGGUUUCCGCUCCCGCCGAUGCAGACGCUCUGAUAACAGUCAAGUCGCAGCAGCUCGAGAGGGCCAAAGUCAAGGCCGCGUAAGCCACGCAGGUGGACCGAAGUGGAGUAACGUGCUGGUCUUCGCGCUGAUGUCAUGGCGUGCUUCGAAUAAACAAAAGCCAACCGAAUCGCA